AAGAUAGGACAGAGAAGAACUCAAGUCAAUUCUGUUGAGCUUUCAAUAGUUAAUUUUGAAAGAGGGUCUCUUUGAUCCAUAAACAGAUGAAUUGUAGAGGAAGCAGCAAUUGCUUUUUAUGUUGAAUAACGCAAAGUUCCUCUCUUUUUUCUUAGAUAUUUUCAACAACUGAGACUCCUUCUUCCUCCAUCGAAGGUAGUUUGAGUAAACAGCUGGAGGAACUGACAGUGUGAACUUAACUACACUACCCAUGGAUAAAGAUGCUAGGAUGCAAGAGACAGUUGAUUUGAAAAACAAUGUGGAAUUAGUGAGAUCUGUCUCGGAUAAGCUUUUGAGGCCAUCUGCGAGAAAUUAUUCAAUAUUUAGAGGACAAGCAAUAGAUGCUGCAGGCCAUGGAAAGGGAAAGUAUUCGUUAAUUAGAGAUACAGAGGACUACCAAACGGGACUUUAUGAUAAACCCCUUCCAUUUUUCGGAUGCGGAGUUGGAUGGUUCUCAUUCCUUUUCGGAUUCCUAUGCCCACCGAUGUGGUUUUAUGCGACAAUCCUCUAUUUUGGAAAUCACUAUAAGAAGGAUCCUAGGGAAAGGGCAGGUCUUGGAGCUUCUGCAAUUGCUGCAUUAGUAUGCACCGUAGCAUUGCUGAUAAUAGCAGUCAUUCUUAUGUUAAGAUGGUGGUUCUUCCAGGUGUAAAUUAAGUGCAAAGAUGAAAUUUGAGAAGCAAAUACAAAUAGAUUAUAGAAGCAAUUCCGGAUGGUCUAUCUUAAACUAUUGGACAUUUGUAUAUGAGAACUUCAAAAUAGAUAGAUGUAAAAAGAAAGGAUUGCAUCUCGUUGGUGAAGUAAUUCACUGCAAGAAUUCAUUCAGCUAAGCAAGCUGAGACUUAAUGAUUUUGUGAAUUGCUGUAUACUAUACUCACAUGAAAUGUGACGAGUGUUUAUGAAUUGCCUAUAACUUUUACUAGUAAUUUUUUUUUUUAUAUAUGUAACACAUGGGAUACUGAAAUUGUUGUAUAUGUUAUACUGUGCAAUAAAUUUUGUUGAUGUGCA